AUGUUUCGUUUCCGAUUCUUAGCAUUCCUCAUAGGAAAAGAAAUUAUAUUACAAUCGGCAACUUAUUCGUUUCAAAAUGGAGUGCUAAAUAUCUCCGGAGAUGGAGAAAUUCAGCGUUUGGAGAUUGAGCAAUAUCAAAAUCAAACAAAGGAAGUCUAUAUUACAGAAUCAAUCGAAUCAAUGGGUCCUAGUUCAUUUGAAAAUUUCACAAUAUUGGAAAAAGUCUUUAUAAAUUCAACAAUGAAAAUUAUUCAUAAAAAUGCCUUUAGGAACAAUAACUUAAUUAAAGAUGUUACACUUCCGGAUAGUAUAUUAUCAAUAAAAAGUGGAUGUUUUCAAGAUUGUUAUAAUAUUAUUCAGAUUCUUCUUCCUGAAGCUUUAGAAGAGCUUGGUGAGUCUGCAUUUAGUGGAGUAUAUCAACUGAACGGUAUAAUAAUACCAGAUAAUGUCACAAGAAUCGAAAAAGAAACUUUUAUUUAUUGUACAGGUCUUACAAGGGUUUCCUUACAUGAGGGGAUAACUUAUAUUGGAGAAAGUGCAUUCAACAAUUGCCAAAUGCUUAAUAUUAAAAGUGUUCCUAGUACUGUUACAGAAAUUGGUGCAUAUUGUUUUUAUGAAUGCGUUAAUUUCAGAGAAUUCACAUUACCACCGAAUCUUACACGAUUACAGAAGUAUUGUUUUAAUGAAUGCUUUUUGUUAGGAAAAAUAAAUUUCAAUGACAAAUUAGAAGUAAUUGAAGAGUAUUGUUUCAGAAUGUGUCAAUGUUUACACAUGGAUAACUUUCCUGCAUCAGUUACAACGAUUCAAGAAGGAGUUUUCUACUGGUGUACAGAUUUAUUAAAUUUCAAUUUGACAGGAUUUACGUACGUACCGAAAUAUAUGUUUGGAAGAUGUGUGAGACUUGUUUCUAUUAUAUUUGAUGAGAAACUUGAAAGGAUUGAAGAAGGAGCUUUUGCAAAUUGUACUGUUUUGAUGAUUUCGGAACUUCCUACAUUAACUUCUAGUAUAGGAAAUGGUAUAUUCUGGAAUUGUCAAUACGUUAUCAAUUUCACUUGGCCAAAACUUUGUAAAUCUAUUCCAGAUUUUACAUUUUACAAUUGUCAUAAUCUGAAAUCUCUCAAUUUUCAAAGUUCGAUUGAUGAAAUCGGAAAUUUUGCUUUUUACCAAUGUAACUCAUUGAUGGAAUUCAAUUUGUCGUCUACUUUGAGUGGUUGUGGUUCAAAUACUUUUGACGGUUGCACAUCAUUGUCUUCUGAAUUUUCAAUACCUUCAAGUUUAGGAAAAGUGACAAAAUUUAUGUUUAAAGAUUGUAUUAGUAUUGAAAAAGUCAUAUUAAAAGAAGGAGUUUUCGGAGUUGAUGAUGGAGCAUUUUAUAAAUGUACUUCUUUGAAAGAAAUCAUAUUUAAUCCUGGAAGUAUUAGAUUUCUAGGAAAAUCGGUUUUUGUAAAUUGUCAAAAUCUAAGAAACUUCAAUUACCCGAAUUCUAUCUUUUAUGUUCCCAGUGAAUUCUUUGAGAAUUGUACAAGUUUAGAUUUUGCAUUAUCGCCUCAAAUAAUUGAACUUGGAUCUAAAUCAUUGAGUGGUUUAUCAUUUGAUUUCAUUGAUUUGUCAAAUUUAACAAUUUUAAAAGAAAAUGCAUUAGAUAAUUGCAAUAAUCUAAGAAAGAUUAAAUCUCCAUUGGCAUUUAUUAAUGAAUUAACAAGAUCUCCUUUUGAACAAUGCAACAACUUGAUUGAAAUCAAUUUUAUAGAUUAUAAAUAUUCGGAAAUUAAUAAAAACAUGAUGAAGAAUUGCAAAUCGGUUGAAAAGGUAUCAAUAAUUUCAAGUUAUUUAUAUCAAAUUGUUCAAAAUGUAUUCGAAAAAUGCGACAAUCUUAAAACAAUCGAAAUAACUGUUACAAAAUCAAUCAAACAAUUGAAAAUUGAUAACAAUACUUUCAAUUCUUGUUCAAUGUUAGACAGAAUUGUGUUUAAUGUCAAAGAUAUUAUAAUUGAUGAUUAUGUAUUUUCAUCUAAUAGAAACUUACAUGAACUUAGUAUUGUAGCCAAUCAAAUUUCUUUAAAUACAUAUGCAUUUGCUAAUUCAUCCUUGAAGAUAUGUAUUAUCAAAUCAAACUCAUCUUAUUUGUAUUUUUCAAAUAAGAUAUUUGAGAAUUCAUUUGAUUUGGAAAGUCUUAAACUAAGUUCUAAUAUAUUAGUAAUUGAUGACAACGCAUUCAAAGAUAAAAACAAUCUAAAAAGUAUUGAAAUAAAUUCGGAAAAUCUCUCAAUAGGAAAUUAUGCUUUCGCAUAUUGUGAAAAACUGAAAGAAGUUUCUGUCAGAAAAGUGAUGAAAUUAGGAGAAUAUUCAUUUUGUAAUUGCACAAAUUUAGAUGUAUUUGACUCAAACAAAUUAGAUAUUAUCCCCAACAAUUGUUUCCAGAAUUGCAAGAGCUUAAAAGAUAUUUCUUUUGCAAAUAAAGCAAAAUCAUUCGGAAACUUUUCAUUUUACAAUUGCAAUAUUGUAAAUAUUACACUUUUGGGAAACAAGGAUAUCGUUUUUGGAGAUAAUUCUUUUGGAAACAAUAAUGAAUUAUCUUAUGUUUCUAUUGGAUCUGUGUUUGCCGAGUUUGGAAAUUUCUCCUUUUCAAAUUGUCCAAAAUUAAAUUAUUUCAUAUUUUGUGGAACAAUAUCACAAAAUUCUGAUACUAUUUUCCAUGGAAGCACUGCACUCAAAAAAGUGUUAGUAAGCAGUAAUUUCUCAUAUUGCAGUCUGGGAACUGUUUCUGUAAAAAUCACUGAUUUAUGUGAUACUGCUGAUGAUAAAUAUCAUCAUAGAAUUAUAAAAAUUGCAAUAAUUUCUUCUCUUUCUGCAGCUGUUAUUCUGGUAUUUACAGUUGCACUUAUUAUUAUCUGCAUGCGAAAGAAAUCCGCAUCAACUAUCAGCAAAGCCCCAAUUCUUUCUGCAGUUGAUGUUAAGUCUUUUAUAUAA